GAACUCUUCGACAAGAACGAGGUCGGAUUCAGUUAGCCGCCUGAACAGAAAUGAUCGACAUGAAGACCCUUAACUACCUCUGUCUCUACGUUCUGUUGGCUUCCUGCGCUCGCGGACGCUCAUUGUACAAUAUCUCACAAGAUUAUUCCAGCUUCUUCAAUAUCUCACAAGAUUAUUCCAACUUCUUCAAUAUCUCACAAGAUUAUUUCAGCUUCUUCAAUAUCUCACAAGAUUAUUCCAGCUUCUCCAAUAUCUCACAAGAUUAUUCCAGCUUCUUAUACAAUAUCUCACAAGAUUAUUCCGGGUCCUCGUACAACAGCUCACAAGAUUAUUACGGCUUCCUGUACAACAGCUCACUAGAUUAUCUCGGCUUCCUAUACAACAGCUCACAAGGAUUCUCCCGUGGCAACAACACAGGGUUUAAACAAUUUUGCCUGACGCUUGCUGCGGGGCUUACCAACACAACGAUCUACAUCCCUCUCGUCUCCCUAAACCUGACCAAUCCUCAAGGCGUAUCUACCGGUGCAGGCGUGGAAACCAAUGCCCCCGGCAGCGGGAAAGCUGUCGCCGGUGGUGCGGAUGUUGCCGGCUUUAAAGGUGGAAUACAGAUCAACAGCGUUGCCGGAAUGCCUAAUAAAACGAAUAUUACCUUUACUGGCUACUUUAUUCAGCCAAUCAGCUUUAUCAUCCAGACACCAAGCAAAACCAUAUGCCAACUCCUCGGCCAGUUGGAGGUAUUGAAUGCCUUGGGUCCUUUCUACGAGCCCAUCUUGAACCUCGUUGGCACAGUAAAUGGCGUCCUUGGUUAUAUAGUGAAUAGUACAACAGGGGAUAAGGUAGAAAUUAAUCCUUCUCGUAUAGGUUCAAAUUUUUUGAGUUUAUUAGUAACAUUACUCAUGGAGUGAGCGAAUAGCUUAUUCUUUGACGCACCUCUCCAGGUUAGUUAUUGUUGCCAAUAAUGUGUAAUACAUUUUCUAAUAUUUUUGUAAUAGCUUUAAGUUAUUUCUAUAAGCACUGUUUGAACUAUCUCAAUCUUUGGUGCCUCAGGAGUAGGAAAAUCGCACCAGCAGCGAGGAGAGAUGGGUGCUGAAAAGGUUGAAUAUCUUAACGAUCCAUAAGUCAAAUAUUAAAAAAAAAAAAAAAAAAAAAAAAAAAAAAAAAAAAAAACUAUAGCUAGCAAGGUGAGAAAAUGGUCGGUAAAAACUGUUUAUACUCUGCAUCCAUCUAGAAAAUUCGCGUAGAUUAAAAGGAGUGAAACUCAGGUACCUAUUGUGAGACCCUUGUAUUACAUGUUAACAGUUUCUGUGUCGACAAAAGUAAUUACAGAAUUUUGUUUUUAAAUGAAAUUGACAGAAUUGGUGUAAUACUAGACAAACACACCAAACAGUGUGAUUUUAAAAUUCGCGGUAUUAUAAGCUAAUAAAACAGCAUUAUUUGCA